GGCGCGCGUCCUGUCACCCCGAGCCGAGCCGAGCCGAGCCGAGCCGAUCGGGAGUCGCUUGGCGGCGGCAUGAGCGCCGUGGACCUGGCCCGCGUGGGCGCGUGCGUCCUGAAGCACGCGGUGACCGGGGAGGCCGUGGAGCUGCGCAGCCUGUGGCAGGAGCAGCCGUGCGUGGUGGCGGGCCUGCGGCGCUUCGGCUGCGUGGUGUGCCGCUGGAUCGCGCGCGACCUCAGCAGCCUGGGGCCGCGGCUGCAGCAGCACGGGGUGCGCCUGGUGGGCGUGGGGCCCGAGGCCGUGGGCCUGCGGGAGUUCCUGGACGGCCGCUACUUCGCAGGAGAGCUCUACCUGGACGAGACCAAGCGUUUCUACAAGGAACUGGGCUUCAGGCGGUACAGCAGCCUGAGCAUCCUGCCAGCUGCCCUGGGGAAGCCGGUGCGCGAGGUGGCUGCCAAGGCCAAGGCCGUCGGCAUCGAAGGGAACCUGUCAGGAGAUCUGCUGCAGAGUGGGGGACUACUGGUGGUCACCAAAGGUGGGGACCAGGUGCUGCUUCACUUCGUGCAGAAGUCGCCGGGUGACUAUGUCCCCCAAGAACAAAUCCUGCAGGCCCUGGGCAUUGCUGUGGAGGGCGGUGCCAGCGGGCAGGGACCGCCCCAGUGUGGUGAGGACUCGUGUGCCCGCUGAAGGUCUCUGCUUUCCCUUCUGAGCCCUGUCCACACCGGAGCAUUGAAGUGGGUUGCGGGGUCCAGAGCAAUAGCACAGAGGCAAGG